GAUGAGAACAAAGAAGAUGACCGAUCCGCUUCUCGGGGUGUUCAUGGAAUCGGGGGGCAGCAGAAUGUAGGAGGAAGGAGGAGAAAGGAGGGACUCCCCUCCUCUGCACCUCCACACCAUGCCGCUCGUGCUCCGAACAGUCCUGUUCGGGUUCGUAACGCUGCUGGUGCUGCUGCUGAUCAUUGACGAUAUAGCAGAAGUGGAAGAAGAGGAAGAAGCCGCAGAUCUCGGACGGAAGAAGAUAAACUUACACCAACUCAUCCCAAAACCCCACAGGAAAGCCGCAACUCACCCGGAUCCGACUGCUGUGAUAAAAACGCUGAAGGAUCCUAAUGGUCCGAGCGUCAAUAACACCGCCAACCACUCAUUAAACACCUGGACCUUCAAUAAGACGCUCUCCAACCUCAUCAGGAAAAAUAUCCUACAAUUCCUUGACCCAGAAAGAGACAUUUCUAUUUUAAAGGGCACGCUGAAGCCGGGAGACAUCAUCCACUAUGUGUUUGAUCGCCACAGCACCACGAACAUCUCCGAAAAUCUCUACCGCCUUCUGCCCACCGUUUCGCCCAUGAAAAACCAACAUCACAGACGCUGCGCCAUCGUGGGAAACUCUGGGAUCCUGCUGAACAGCAGCUGCGGAUCCGAGAUCGACGCUCAUGACUUUGUGAUCAGGUGUAACCUGGCUCCGGUGGAGGAAUACUCCCAGGACGUGGGACGGCAGACGAACCUGGUGACCAUGAACCCGUCGGUGGUUCAGCGGGCCUUCCAGGACCUGGUCAGCGAGGAGUGGAAGCAACGCUUCCUGCGGCGCCUCCAGAGCCUAGGGGGCAGCGUGCUGUGGAUCCCGGCCUUCAUGGCCAAGGGGGGCGAAGAGCGCGUGGAGUGGGCUCUUCGCCUCAUCCUGCGCCACGCCGUGGACGUGCGCACCGCCUUCCCGUCGCUGCGACUUCUCCACGCUGUCAGGGGAUACUGGCUGACCAAUAACGUCCACAUCAAGCGUCCGACCACAGGCCUCCUCAUGUACACCAUGGCGACCCGCUUCUGCGAGGAGAUCCACCUCUACGGCUUCUGGCCCUUCCCAGUGGACCCGCACGGCAAAGCCGUCAAAUACCACUACUACGACUCCCUGAAGUACGAGUACACCUCCAGCUCCAGCCCUCACACCAUGCCCCUGGAGUUCAGGACUUUGAGCACGCUGCACAGACAGGGGGCGCUCCGGCUCCACACAGGGAGCUGCAGACCAUAGCUGGAUCUCCAUGGAAACCAGCUUCAAUGCGGUCACUGCUUGUCUUGUUAGGACUUUGUAUUACUACUUCCUGGAUUGACCCUGGAAUAAUUUAACUUUAAAUAAAUUCACGGCACCCUUUUUUUUUAAAAUAAUGUGCCGAGAUUUAAAGAUAAAUAAUAAAUGCCACAGAUUGCUAUUACAUUUUUCAACUAUUUGUAACAUGAGGCAUUAAAUAGCAGCAAACAUGUAAACGAGUAAACUCUGCUAAUAACAAAAAUACAUGCAGAGUGUGUGCAGUUUACAAAAAAAUCUGAAGCUUUCUUUCUUUAAAUGUCUGAGAACCCGGAGGGUUAACAAAAUAAGAGCACUUCCUGUUUGGAUGUAAACUCUGUUGGUUUCAAGUGGAGCACUGAAUAAU